UCCUUCUGCGGGCUAGACGUGGCUGGGAAGCAGCUCCGGGUUGCGGAGCCGGAACGCGCCCUUCCCCCCGCGGCAAACUUUCGGUGGCUGGGACGGAAGCAGGAACUUGCUCACCACAAAACCCUGCGGGUGCACGAAUGCGGCCGCCUGGCUCCCCGGGCGGGGCACAGGGACGCACAGGGUCCUCUCCUGCCAGAGAGAAAUCCCACUCUCUGGGCAAUCUUCCUGAAGCAAACUGAAGUCAGAGGGAGGAUCAUCCUUAACCUGCGAAGCCUGAGCCUAAACUGAGCCUAAAAUGUUCUCCAGGGAAGAAUGUCGCUUGCCUUUCUCUUUGCUGAUAAUCUGCUUCCUGACACUAAGUCUGUCUGCCAGUCAGACCUGCCUCAAGGAGAGUCUAGCAGAUGUUGUCAUUGAUAUCCAGUCUUCUCUCUCCAGGGGCAUCAGAGGCAAUGAGCCCAUCCACGAAGCAACUCAAGAAGACUGCAUUAAUUCUUGCUGUUCCACACAAAACAUAGCAGGGGACAAAGCAUGUAACUUGAUGAUUUUCGACACUCGAAAAACAGCUGGACAACCGAACUGCUACCUGUUUUUCUGUCCCAGUGUGGAAGCCUGUCCACUGAAACCAGCAAAGGGCCUGAGGAGUUACAGGAUAAUCCCAGAUGUUCCAUCUUUGACUGAUCUGCUACACCAAGAGUUAUCACAAGAAGGUCCUCCUCUGUCUUACGGCCAGUCCCCACAAGCCAUCUUGUCCCCUCUUCCUCCUGAUCUCUUAUGGAGAAAUGGAUCUUCUCAGAGGUCUGCAUCUUCAGAUCACCUGCAGAAACUAGUCCAGAUCAGUAAAGCAAGUACCCAGGUCUCCACUAAUGAAGACAAAGGCCACUCUCAGAGUUUACAGUCUUCCUCAGAGCCGGAAGUAGCUCAUUUGUUGCCUGAAAACAAGACCACUUUCCCCUCUGCAGUGGCCCUUGGUUUUCAACAUAACAGCUCUGUGACUCUGAAGCCUGUAUCUCUUUUGUCCACCAGUGGCUCAGCGAUACCUCCAGUGACUUCUCAACCACAGGUGGCCACCUCAAUUGCACCCAUAACCACUGUCCCCUCUCAGCCUCCUCCAACCCCCGUUUCCACACGAGCUGUGGUUACACCCCAAGCUGUGCUGAGUACCGUCUUUCAGACACCUACAGACUCGAAAGGUACCUCAGAAUCAGUGCCCUUUAGAGAAGCCUCCAGGCUCACUUCACAUGCAGGGAAUGUGCAUAACCCUACCACACUUCCUUUGUCAAAUGUGGAAUUUUCCGCUACAAAUAAAACUGUUUCCCAGGAAAAGGGGAAGGCCCCUGUAGACAGUUCAUCACCGAGCAGUGUUUCAGGAAACCAGGAUGGGCUUCCAUUUCAAAGGUGGCUUCUCCUGGGGACCCUGCUCUUUGGUGUUCUGUUCCUGGUGAUCGGCCUAGCCCUCUUGGGUAGGAUAUUCUCAGAAUCCCUCCGCAGGAAGCGGUACUCACGACUUGAUUACCUGAUCAAUGGAAUCUAUGUUGAUAUCUAAGGACCAAAUUUAUUGAGUAAUGAGGAGCAACAUGCAUUGCAUUUCUGCUGACUUGCUGAUCUCAGUGAAUUAGAUUUCAAAGACAGGGAAAUGUUCCCCAGCACUUUCUUUUUGUUUUUUGAUCAGGAGGGAGAAGAAAUUACCUAAUUAGAGUGAUCUCUCUAAACUAUUCACUGAAAAUAAGGCUCUACCUAAAGUAAGAAAGUGUAAUUGCCAUAUAAAUUGGAAAAUUCAGCUAGCUUUAUGCAAGGAAAAAACAGGUCAGAAUAUCACGGUUCCGAUUGAUUAGUAUUUCUGGUUCCAGAUAAAGUCAACUGUUUAUGAUAUUAGUCUUAAUGGAUUCACUUUUUAAAUGAAUUCCAAUAAAACUUAUUCCAGAUGUAUUUCCUUCCAAUUAAAUAUUUGAAUAAAUCUGUUACUCAGUAAUGUUCCUGUAAGUGAUACAUCCAUGCUGGAUAACUUUCAGUUUAUUCCCACCAACAAAAUGAUGAAAUGAUGAAAAUAUGUGUUCCAUGUUAAAAUGACAAACCCCCCUUCCCGUCAGUGAAGAGAGAUUCCCUUGAGAGGAUAUUAGCCUACUUGGAGACAAUGAUAAAUCGGUUCUAAUAAAUAACCAAAUCCACUUGG